UCUUUUCCCUACCAGUACCAGGUCACACGAUUUCUUAAGAAAGAAGAAGAAGAAGGCUUGAAAUGAAAACAGCUCAAGGAAGAAGAUGAAGAUUGAAUUAGGGAAGAAGAUCAAGUUGCCCCUGUUUCCCACCACUGUGAAAUCCUCUCAAAAUACUCUCUCUCACUCAAGUGGGUCUCAUCUUGCUUACGGUCCUACUGUCUCUUCCACUAACUAGGUCAUAAACCCACAUCUUCUUCUUUUCUAAUUUAUUAUUGUUUUCAUUCUUCAUCAUCUUCAUACCAAUAAAAGGUCAAUCUUUCUCUCUCUUCACGCAACCCACAUAAAAACCCUAUUUGAUUAUUCUUUAGGGCAGUGACAAAGACACUAUUCUUCUUUACCUAUUCAAUUGCAUGAUCUGAAUCUUUUUCUUCUUCUUCAUGCUUGGUUCUGGGCAAUGGAAGAGAUUACCCUCUUUUAGCAUUCAAAGCUUUAUCUUAUUACUAAAACCAGAAUGAAGAACCUGCUAAAGAAGCUACACAUCAUGUCCAAUCAAUCUGAAGACUCAUCAGACGGGCCCAGUUCAUCAAGAAACAAUAGGUUGACUGACGCUUCAUUGACUGAAAGGCUUCCUCAAUCAAAUCCAGAAAACAACAACAAACCCUUAUCUGCAAUUUCUGGAUGGUUGAAUUCUGUCACAAAUAGAAAGAGCCCAAGUCCUCCAUCGUCUUCCAAUUUCAAGAAAGUAGAACAGUCUGAUUCCCCUACCGCUUUAGAUCCUCCUGCCAUGGAUUCUGGAUCUAAUAACACCAGGGAUCCUGAUAUUGAAGAAGAGUAUCAAAUUCAGCUGGCGAUUGAGCUUAGUGCAAGGGAAGAUCCUGAAGCUGCACAGAUUGAAGCUGUUAAACAGUUUAGUUUGGGAUCUUGUUCUUCAGAGAAUACACUGGCUGAGGUUCUUGCUUAUCGAUAUUGGAAUUACAAUGCUCUGGGCUACGACGAAAAGGUCUUGGACGGUUUCUACGACGUUUAUGGUGUCUUGACAGAAUUGAAUUCAUCUUCUUCAAAGAUGCCAUCACUUGUUGAUCUUCAAGUAGCUCCAAUUUCAGAUAGUAUAAGCUGGGAAGCAGUUCUUGUGAACAGGGCCGGGGAUGCAAAUUUAGUGAAACUCGAAGGUGAAGCUAUGGAAUUGAUUUCGCUUUCGAGGUUAGAGGAUUCGAAUAACUUCGGUGAUCUUGCUAGAAAACUGGCUGUUUUUGUUUCGGAUUAUAUGGGUGGUCCGGUUGGUGAUCCUGCUAAUUUGUUGAGAGCUUGGAGAGAUCUUAGUUAUAAUCUUAAGGUUACUAUUGGUAGUAUGGUUUUGCCUCUCGGUUCGGUUACAAUUGGAUUGGCCCGUCAUCGAGCAUUGCUCUUCAAGGUUUUGGCAGAUAAUGUGGGGAUUCCUUGUCGAUUAGUCAAAGGACAACAAUAUACUGGCUCUGAUGAUGUCGCGAUGAACUUCAUAAAGACUGAUGAUGGAAGGGAGUACAUUGUAGACCUAAUGGCUGAUCCCGGAACACUUAUACCAUCAGAUGCAGCUGGAUCGCAUAUAGAAUACGAAGAAUCCAUCCUCGAUUCAUCGGCUGCAGCUUCCUCUACUUCAUUUGAAGAACAUUCGGAUAAAAGAUCAUCCGAUUUCACGAAUUCAACAGUGGCAGGAAAUGAAUCGGACAUUCAAAGUGAUAAAAGACGCAAUAUUCACCCAUUCGAUAUUAAAAAAGACUUCACCCGAGGAACACACAUGCAUGCUCGGUCUCCUUCAUGGACAGAAGGUGUCAGCUCGCCUGCAGUUCGAAGGAUGAAGUUUAAGGAUGUUUCUCAGUACAUGAUCGAUGCAGCUAAGGAGAAUCCUCAACUGGCUCAAAAACUUCACGAUGUUUUACUCGAGAGUGGAGUCGUUGCUCCUCCAAAUUUGUUUACUGAAAUGUAUUCCGAAGAAAUAGGUUUAUCGGUUGCUGAAUCGAAGUCACCGCCGGAAAUCCAAAAACCUAGAUUCUUGCCUCCGUUACCUCCUCCUGGGAGGCAUUCGUUGGAAGUAACUCCAGCGAGAUUGGAAAAUAACGUUCCGAUUGCUGCUGCGGCGGCUGCCGCCGCGGCAGCGGUUGUGGCGUCCUCGAUGGUGGUUGUUACAGCGAAAACGGGUGGCCCUGAUUUGAGCGUAGAGCUUCCGAUGGCAGCAGCUGCUACAGCGACAGCUGCUGCGGCUGCUGUCGUAACUGCAGCUAUGGAGAGCCGUCCGAUCGAGUUUUCGAGAUCGGACGAUAAUGAGAGGACAUCGGAUCGUUCGGCGGGUAAUGACAGUGCAAAAUCGGAUGUUACGCUUGAUGAUGUGGCGGAUUGCGAGAUUCCUUGGGAGGAUAUUUCCUUGGGCGAGCGGAUCGGGCUCGGUUCGUAUGGGGAAGUCUAUCGCGGCGAAUUGCAUGGAACUGAAGUUGCUGUGAAGAAGUUCCUUGACCAAGAUAUAUCUGGUGAAUCGCUCGAAGAAUUCAGAAGUGAGGUCUAUAUCAUGAAACGACUCAGGCAUCCGAAUGUCGUUCUUUUUAUGGGAGCGGUUACUCGUGCUCCUAAUCUUUCCAUCAUUACCGAGUUUCUUCCUAGGGGAAGUUUGUAUAGGUUGAUCCAUCGGCCCAACAACCAAUUAGAUGAAAGAAGGCGUUUGAGGAUGGCUCUUGACGCCGCUCGCGGGAUGAAUUAUUUGCACACCAGUACCCCGGUUAUAGUUCACCGUGAUUUAAAGUCCCCAAACCUCCUCGUUGAUAAGAACUGGGUGCUAAAGGUUUGCGAUUUUGGCUUGUCAAAAAUGAAGCACAGUACAUUUCUGUCUUCAAGAUCUACUGCAGGAACAGCUGAGUGGAUGGCACCCGAAGUGCUCAGAAAUGAACCAUCCAAUGAAAAGUGCGAUGUCUUCAGCUUUGGUGUAAUAUUAUGGGAGCUUUGUACAAUGCGACAACCGUGGGGAGGAAUGAACCCGAUGCAAGUUGUGGGCGCUGUUGGAUUUCAACAUAGGCGUCUCGACAUUCCAGAUGAUACAGAUCCUGCAAUUGCUGACAUUAUUAGGAAAUGCUGGCAGACAGACCCGAAACUACGACCUUCAUUUUCGGAGAUAAUGGCUGCCCUAAAGCCGUUGCAAAAGCCAUUGACUGCUCAAGGGUCUAGGCCAAAUAUGAAGACAAACAAUGGUUAAUGGUUAGGAUAAGAAGCAAAAGACAAGACAGAAUACCAUGAAGAGAUCAAUUUGGACAUAAAAUGGUUUUUUACAGUUCUUAGAGAAUGAAAUGCCACAAAAAUAGAGAGGCAAAGGUUGCUUGGCAAAAACCACCCAUUGAAGAGAUCAUCCACAAAUUAUACCCGAAAAAAGGAAAAAAAAAAAAACUUCGUCGUGUCGGGCUGUUGUAAAUUGUAAUUUAUUUUCUCAAUAUUUGUGAUGGAGAAAGCCACCCACUGCAAUAAUGUGUAUUUUUCAGCUGAAUUUGUUUCAAGAUUUAGUUUUUUAAGUUCAGUAACAACAUAAAAACAUUGAACAGAUGAAUGAAGACAUCUCUUUGUAAAUUGUCA